CGCGAGAAACGCCCUAAGGAGGAGGGGAGAGCGCGGGAGGGCGAGAGGGAGGGAGAGCGGCCGGGAGAUCGAGAGCGAGCGAGGCAGCCGCCGGCGGAGAGGAGGGAGCGGGCGAGGGCCGGGCAGGAGGAGCGGGCGCGGCGCGGGCGAGGCUGGGACCCGAGCGCGCUCACUUCGCCGCAAAGUGCCAACUUCCCCUGGAGUGCCGGGCGCGCACCGUCCGGGCGCGGGGGAGAGAAAGGCAGCGGGAAUUUGAGAUUUUAGAGAAGAAAGUCGGAUUUCCCCCGUCCCCUUCCCCCGUUACUAAUCCUCAUUAAAACGAAAAACAACAGUAACUGCAAACUUGCAACCAUCCCGUCUGUCCCCCACUCCUGGCACCAUGAAGGCGGCCGUCGAUCUCAAGCCGACUCUCACCAUCAUCAAGACGGAAAAAGUCGAUCUGGAGCUUUUCCCUUCCCCGGGUCUGAACUCCGGCGCUGCCGAAUUACAACUGCUUUCAUUUGUUUUUCCUGCUUCCCUACCAUGUAAUGGUCAAGGGCUCAUUGGAACCAUGUGUGAGCCUGAUAUGGAGUGUGCAGAUGUCCCACUAUUAACUCCGAGCAGCAAAGAAAUGAUGUCUCAAGCAUUAAAAGCUACUUUCAGUGGUUUCACUAAAGAACAGCAACGACUGGGGAUCCCCAAAGACCCCCGGCAGUGGACAGAAACCCAUGUUCGGGACUGGGUGAUGUGGGCUGUGAAUGAAUUCAGCCUGAAAGGUGUAGACUUCCAGAAGUUCUGUAUGAACGGAGCAGCCCUCUGCGCCCUGGGUAAAGACUGCUUUCUCGAGCUGGCCCCAGACUUUGUUGGGGACAUCUUAUGGGAACAUCUAGAGAUCCUGCAGAAAGAGGAUGUGAAACCAUAUCAAGUUAAUGGAGUCAACCCAACCUAUCCGGAAUCCCGCUAUACCUCGGAUUACUUCAUUAGCUAUGGUAUCGAGCAUGCCCAGUGUGUUCCACCAUCUGAGUUCUCGGAGCCCAGCUUCAUCACAGAGUCCUAUCAGACGCUCCAUCCCAUCAGCUCGGAAGAGCUCCUCUCCCUCAAGUAUGAGAACGACUACCCCUCGGUCAUUCUCCGGGACCCUCUCCAGACAGACACCUUGCAGAACGACUACUUUGCUAUCAAACAAGAAGUCGUCACCCCAGACAACAUGUGCAUGGGGAGAGCCAGUCGUGGUAAACUCGGGGGCCAGGACUCUUUUGAAAGCAUAGAGAGCUACGAUAGUUGUGAUCGCCUCACCCAGUCCUGGAGCAGCCAGUCAUCUUUCAACAGCCUGCAGCGUGUUCCCUCCUAUGACAGCUUCGACUCAGAGGACUAUCCGGCUGCCCUGCCCAACCACAAGCCCAAGGGCACCUUCAAGGACUAUGUGCGGGACCGUGCUGACCUCAACAAGGACAAGCCUGUCAUUCCUGCUGCUGCCCUAGCUGGCUACACAGGCAGUGGACCAAUCCAGCUGUGGCAGUUUCUUCUGGAAUUACUCACUGAUAAAUCCUGUCAGUCUUUUAUCAGCUGGACAGGAGAUGGCUGGGAAUUCAAACUUUCUGACCCAGAUGAGGUGGCCAGGAGAUGGGGAAAGAGGAAAAACAAACCUAAGAUGAAUUAUGAGAAACUGAGCCGUGGCCUACGCUACUAUUACGACAAAAACAUCAUCCACAAGACAGCGGGGAAACGCUACGUGUACCGCUUUGUGUGUGACCUGCAGAGCCUGCUGGGGUACACCCCUGAGGAGCUGCAUGCCAUGCUGGACGUCAAGCCAGAUGCUGACGAGUGAUGGCACUGAAGGGGCUGGGGAAACCCUGCUGAGACCUUCCAAGGACAGCCGUGUUGGUUGGACUCUGAAUUUUUAAUUGUUAUUCUAUUUUUUAUUUUCCAGAACUCAUUUUUUACCUUCAGGGGUGGGAGCUAAGUCAGUUGCAGCUGUAAUCAAUUGUGUGCAGUUGGAAAAGGAAAGCCAGGACUUGUGGGGUGGGUGGGACCAGAAAUUCUUGAGCAAAUUUUCAGGAGAGGGAGAAGGGUCUUCUCAGAAGCUUGAAGGCUGUGGCUUAAGAGAGAAAGAAGACUAAUGUGUCCAAUCAUUUAAAAAAAUCACCCAUGAAAAAGUGUCUUGAGUUGUGGACCCAUUAGCAAGAGACAUUGUCACAUCAGAACUCAUGAAACUGAUGUAAGGCAAUUAAUUUGCUUUUGUUUUUAGGUCUGGGAGGGCAAAAAAGAGGUGGGUGGGAUGAAACACGUUUUUGGGGGGGGAUGCACUAAAAGCUGAGAACUAUUUACCUAUCACUCUAGUUUUGAAACAAAGAUGGACUUCAGUGGGGAGGGGCCAAAACCAUUGUUGUGUUACAAUUUAUUUUAUUAAAUUUUGUGCCAGUAUUUUUUUUUCUUAAAAAUCGUCUUAAGCUCUAAGGUGGUCUCAGUAUUGCAAUAUCAUGUAAGUUUGUUUUUAUUUGCCGGCUGAGGAUUCUGUCACAGUGAAAGAAAACUGUUUAUAUAGACCCCAUUGGAAAAGCAAAACGCUCUCACUGAGAUCAGGGAUCCCAAAUUCAUGGGACUUAUAUAAGAAGGACAAUUAAUGCUGAUUUGGGUACAGGGGAAUUAUGUGUGUGAAUGUCAUCUACAAUUAAGAAAAUAUUAGUACAUCCCUUUACUUACUUGUUAUUAGUGGAUUCUCGGGGUUUGGACUUAAUGUUGAGCUAAGAAGCAUUGAGUCUUUGAACUGAAUGUAUUUUGCAUCCCUGGUUUUGGACCACAGUAAACGUAGGAGCACUGCUGAAGUCAUGGAAAGGAGAUCGAAGGAGGAAGAUUGACUUGGUUCUUUCUUAGUCCUAUAUCUGUAGCAUAGAUGACUUGGAAUAAAAGCUGUAUGCAUGGGCAUUGCCCCUCAGGUCUUAAGAAAUAAGUCCUGAAUGCAUGUCGUUCCAAACUAACACUCUGUAAUUUUCCUUUUAUGUCUUAUUUUCCAAGAAUCAUCCAUUUUUUGCACCCCUCACCCCCAGCUCUAUUAUUCAGUAGAGAGAAAUGUAUGGCUUUCUGAUUGGUGAGUGAAAGAGUAACUUGAGACUUGACCUAAGUUGAAGAGUUUAGCCUUGCUGAGUUUUAGAAGUGAUGGAAAUUAAGAGAGCAUUUCAAUAAAAUGUGACUUGGCUGUCUUUGAAAGAGAAGUGCAAGGCUUUCCUUUGAAGAAUUUAAAUUAGUACGGUAGGAUGUCAGGUGAGACUGUGUAUGCAAAAUGAAUGGCACAGGUGAUGCUAGGGCCUCAUACUUGGGUCUGAUGUCUUGGCACAGGGUAAGUAAAGGUUAAUUCCAGAAGAGAGGAAUGACUUGAAGGCAAAGGAAACAAAGGAAGGAGAUUCGGUGAAGAGAAUGAGGUUGUCCAUGAGAUUUGAAUAGAUUUUUCGUUUCCCCAAUGUUUAAAUACAAGCAUAGUCAAGCAAGGUAGUCAUCUUUCUGCUGGUUGUGAGGGGGAAUCUGAAAAUGGAGUUUUGGGGGAAAAGUCAACAUCUAACUCGUGAGGAAAAGUGCCUAAUACAAUUAGAACCUCCCUCACUCUAUAGUUGCCCCGUCGAAAGGACGAGGAGGAGGGGUGGCUUUUUUGGACUUCCGUGAGAGAAGGAAAGACAUAUUUCAGGUAAGCUUCUCAGGGCUGGCCCUUUUUGGGAUUUGGAUGAGAAAUUGGAAGUACUAACUACUUUCUAGUGUAUCUUUAAGAAAAUUGAUUGUUGUUUACUCCCAGAUCCUCUUGCAGACGCAGAAUUAUCAGGAACAUAGCUCUGUGAUUCAUGAGUGUACCCGUACUGAUGAAUUGGAGCAUCCAUAUGGAAAGCGAAGGCAGAAUUAUCCCAGCGGUGUUAUUUUGAUCUUUUGGAUGCAGGUGCCUUAAUGAAGCUCUCAAAAUAUUUUAGGAGCUGCUCAGGGAGUGUUGGGUGGAACUGUUUGGACUACAUUGUUUUCUCUUAGAUUAUGUGAUUUUUGUUGGGCACUGGCAAAAGGUGUAUGUGAAUGUGUGCGUGUGCGUGUGUGUGUGUGUGUGUGUGUGUGUGUGUUUGCAGACAUGCAAAACUGCAGCUGAAAUAAUACCUGAGAUUUCUAGGUAAGUCUUUCCACAUUUCAAUAAUGGGUAAGAGUAGAACCAAGGCCGGGUAUCAAUUAUUGCUUGCUGUUUGCAACCAGGCAUAAAAUCACUUUCUCAAAGCAUCCACCGUUCCUGUUAAAUUUAUGUUGGAAGCUCUCCUUCUGUGAGUGUAACUCCUGCAGUUCCUCUAGCAGAUAAGAUAUAAGGAAGUGCCUCCUAGUGCUCCUCCGCCCGCUUGUUUGCUAAAAUUCCCUUUCUCUCUAGGUCCACCAUUUUCAGGAUUUGUAGAUAGUGUAUUAAUUAAGACAGCUUUGUUGAUCUGGCCAGAUGUUUUUUCUCCUUUGUCCAAAGGCCAGAGACCAUCCCAGGAAGAGUGGUGGGUGGUUUAUACACUGGAAAUGUUGCGUUUAUGCUUUUUAAAAACACAUGUUAACUUCAGAGGAAGGAUGGGCAAAUCUGGUCUAGCUGGGUGAAACCCUUAUUUUCCCAGAGAUGCCUUAACCUUUGUCGGUUUUGGCUUUAGGGUUCAGAGUCACUUUUGUUCCCUUCCUCAUUCUGGGGAGGGACUUCCCUACAUAGAGCCCUGAUUUUGUGGCCGUGGGGAUCGGAGGUAGCAUUCAAAGAUCAGAUGUGCUUUUCCUCACUUUGGAGAUGAACACUCUGGGUUUUAGAGCAUUAACCUGCCUAACCUUCAUGGUGAGAAAUACACCUUCUCUCUUCUAGUCAUGCUGUGCAUGCCGCUUACUCUGUUGGGGUCUAUAUAAAUUUGUUGAACUCUUACCUACAUUCCAAAGAAGUUUCAAGGAACCAUAAAUAUAUGUAUACAUAUACAUAUAUAAAAUAUAUAUAUUAAAAUAAAAUUAUCAGGAAUACUGCCUCAGUUAUUGAACUUUUUUUUAAGAAUACAUUUUUUUUUAAGCUGAGAAGUAUAGGGAUGAAAAAGAUGUUAUAUUGUGUUUGACUAUUUUCCAACUUGUAUUUUCAUAUAAUUUAUAUUUUUUAAAAGCUGAAAAUUUAGAAGCAAAAUGAAAAAAAGGAAAAGCAGGUGCUUUUUAAAAAUCAGAACUGAGGUAGCUUAGAGAUGUAGCGAUGUAAGUGUCGAUGUUUUUUGUUUUUUUUUUUUAAAUGCAAAAAAAUUCUUAUGGCGGAGUUUUUUGUUUGUUUAUUUUAGUAGCUGAUGCUGGCACAUCAUUUUGCUGGAGAGUUUUUUAUAUACUGUAGCCUGAUUUCAUAUUGUAUUUUAAACUGUGUGAAAUUAAAAACAAAGAAUUUCAUUCAUAA